CGUUACGGAAAUUGAAUUUGACAUCUAAAGUUAUAAGCAAAACAUUUUUUUCUGAAAUAAAACAACAAAACUGACGUGUACCUACUAUUAUUGAAACUAUUCGAAAAUUCGUCGUUUCGUCACAUUAAUGUAGUUUAAUACUUUAACCACAAUGUCGGAAACCGAGAGGCUUGUGGAUAUUGAAGAACCGCCGAUGGAGACGUCGGAACGUGAACUCUACUUCAAGGCGUUGAGACUAUGGAUACAGCAAGCGCAAAUGUAUCAGAACCUAUCGACAUGUUUCCCUUACUAUAUGAUGACGCUUCAAGGACUGCAGAGCAACACCACGAACGUUCCGCUUCUCAACAACAACUAUCAGUUCCAAGGACAGCCAUUGCCAUUUCAAGUGCCAGGCCCUCCGAGACCGCCGGCAGAGAACCAGGGCCCCGCUGAUCCGCAGGCACCAGCAGAAACAAUUGCAAGAUAUGGAGGUUUUGAAUAUGUGAUACCAUCAUUACAUAAAAGAGUUUUGGCUGAGUUUAUUGAUUUUCUUCUGCUAUUCAUACUGAAGCUGAUUGUAACAUUCAUAGCUGUGGACAUGUUUGAAAUGAUUGACUUGGACAAGUUUGAUUUCUAUAAGUUCAGUGAGAACUAUGAUGACUACAAGUUUGCAUUAGAACUCACAUCAGAAAUAUUUGUACUGGAGAUAAUCUACAGAAUUCUGGUGUGCCUAUUUGAGGCUUUUUGCCUCAGCGGUAGUGUGGGACGCACGGGCGGCGCGACUCCAGGCAAAGCCCUACUCGGCCUCCGUCUAGUCACAGCCACGGCCGUCGUACCAGUGGAAGGCAGACCCAGGGAGACAGUGCUCCUGUACCCCGGCAAACCCUUGAGCUUCCCCCUAGCGUUAGCCCGCUCCUUGAUGAAGAACUUCCUAAUAUCUCUGUUGUUUCCUCUGUGCGUUGUUUUGUUCCUAUUCCGCCAUAAUCGUACGGGCUACGAUUUGUUGUGCGGUGUUAUAGUUGUCGAGGAGAAUAUGUUUCCUCCAAGACGACACGCUCCGUAGAUUUUGAUAUGCAUAUCUUUAAUUUAUUUAUUACAGCCAUACAUGUUUUUUGAGGUACAAUAGUGCAGUAUUAAUGUGGCAUUGGCAUAUUGCUUUCAUAUAUUUGGUAUGGUGAGACUCAAUAUUGUUAAAUAUUGGGUUAAUCAUCUUCUACUUUGUGGAAGUUUAUAAUGGAUUAUAAAUUAUUUUUUGUUUUCAUUUUGUAUGGCACUUUGUUUUUUACGCCAGAAUUUGUCCAGUGAAGUAAUUACUAAAGGCAUCGAUCUUCUAUUAAGAAGUGAAUACACAAUCAGCUACCAAAAAACCAAACACAACUUCUUGGCACUCAAUUCAAGUAGUCGCAAAUUCAACCAAAUUCAACCUCAAACUCAAUCUUUAAGGUUGAAUUUGCUCUGAAUUUGGGAUCUUAUUGAAUAUUGGACUAUAUUUAUAGGCCUUUAGGUAUAAUUUUCUUUGCCAAUAAUUCUAAAACUGUCAAAGCAUAAUUGGCCACUUUUUAAGUGAAAUUUUCUACAUGAUUGUGCGUCCUUUUAUUAUAAGACGUCAAUGACUAAAGGCCAUGCUUAUUUCUGCCGCUUACCAACAUUUCUGUGUUCUGGUUUGUUGCUGGUGUAUUGACAACCCUGAUGUUGAUUGGUACAAAAAAUGCUUUCUUGGCGAUUUUUCAACAUUUUCCGUGAUAGAGCCGUAAUAGUCCAGUGGAUAUGACCUUAGCCUUUGAUUCAGAGGUGAUAGUUAGGUACUGGACAUGAUUGAGUAUCGGGUUGUGAUUCAAUAUGACACUCAUCAUGCUAAAGUUUUGAAACUGAUAUGCUUUUAAAUGAAAAUUAAGUUCACUGAAAACUUGAAUAACAACCAUUUGGCUUGAUUAACUCAAAUUAAUUCUUGCAGCUGGGAAUUGCAACUAUGUUGCUGCUUUAAACAUUUCGUGCGUGUAUAGGAUUGGAAUCAAAUGUGUACCACCUGUUGUAUGCUAGUUUAUUUGCUUACACUGUUAUCGACGACAAUAUUUUGUAGUAGUAUUUUGUGUCAAGAGUUAAGAAAAUGAAAGCCAUUAAAGGCGCAGCGCAGCUGACUAGAAAACAGUUAAAGAGCUAAAACUGUACUUUCCAAAUUCUCUUAACUGUGCCGGCAACUUGUUUGUGUCAAAAAAAGGCAUUUAUGGCUGAACUUGAAUGGCGGUCUUAUUGUCAUUUGUGUAAGGCGCUGUCAAUUUUAGUUCAGAUUUUAGUCACGGGACUUCUGUCAUGAAAAGGACUAUAAUUUAUAGUCCCGCAAAAUGGCAACUGACUGCGACGUUAGUUCCAGUUUUGGGCACCGGUUCUGAAAAGUUUGUGGCGUUUUCAGUGGUCUGCAACGAUAAACCAACGCUAUAAACUAAUGCUAUAAAUGUACUGUAAAAUAGGCUAGUUGACAUUUUUUUUAAAAGGGUCUUAAAUUGUUUAUUAUCAUUCUACUAGAUUGAAAAAAAUUAUCAUAUUUUUAGCGUCAUGAAUACAGGAAAAUUUUAAUUUUAAAAUAUUUUUUUGACAAUGCGAACCAAAAUGCUAUUAGCCAUGAUGGUCUAUAAUAUGUUAUCUGUUUCAUGACGUCACGUGUACACUAACCCAUAACCAAACGUUUAUUCCUUUAAUGACGUUAAGUAACAUCGUGACGUCACAAAAUGGACGACAGCGUUUUUAAAGUUUGGAAUAAUUAUAAAAUACAUAAUUUUUACUAUACGAAAUUAAUAUUGCAUAAAAUCAAUAUAAUAUGAGUCAACUACCCUAUUGUAAUACCAUUUGUGUAUUAUAUUAGAUGGUGGUAUUAAUAAAUGGAAAUUUAUGAAGCAAAUUCUUGCAAUAAUAUGAGCUGGUUACACCAGCUUCUGUCAAGUGUCUGAUAGCCUAAUCACAAGUUAUGUCCUUGUCAGUCGACAUAAAGUAAAAAGUGACCAAACUUACAGUUAGACUAUCCAACACAAAAUAUGGUGAACCCAGCCCUUAAUGUGUAAAAACAUUCUAAUUUGUGCAAUUGUGCGGCCACAGUAGCUAACAUUAUAUAACCAAAGAUUUUGAUUCAUCAUUGAUUUCACAAUGUUUAUUCAAAAUUAAAAUAAUAUUAGUACUAAGUAUUUAGAUGUAAAAGGCCAUUUACAUAGGCCUAUUAAAAAACAUUGGCUUUGUGUGUAAUAGGUAUCUUACAUUCUUACCUAUUAAAAUAUACAUGUACAAAUUUAAAAAAAAUAGGAUAAGAUUAAAAAACUUCCUUACAAUCAUUAGAAUAAAUUAUACCCUAAUAAGAAUUAUAUGCCUACAAUAAAAAAAAUGAAAUAAGUGCAAAAAAAAAAUCUUGUACAAACUUACUUUCUAAAAAUUUGUAUUGUUUUUUUCAUGUUUUAUUUUUAUCUGUAUUAAAAACAAGGUUGAAAUGUGACUGAUAAGAAAACCUAUAUGUUAUGAAAAUGUAUAAAACAAACUAUUCUGGUUAACUGUACCUACCUGUUAACUAGGUUAUAUUUAAUUACUGAAUGGUUACAUGUUUUUGUGAUAACUUUCAAAAUAUGAUUUUGUACAGUUACCUAUAUUAUUUUAAUAAAGUUUUAAACAUCA